AUGGAGAAGCGAACUUUGGAGCCUCCUUCUUUCUCUAGAGAUGUGUACGCUGCAGAUGCAAUGAACGCUUUGUAUCAAGUCCUUCCAAUAGGCGAUUUGAAGACAUUGGCGUUGUACUUCCCGUUCCCAUCGCAGCUUCACGAUGCUACCAAGAAUAGUUGUGACUUGGUCUCCUCGCUUCUGGGAGAUGAGGGCGAAGGUUCGAUUCUCUGUGAAUUGCGCAAUCGGGGAUUGGCGACGGAAUUGGUGACUGGAUUGAAAAGCAAUUUGAGCUUCAUGAGUCUCUUUUCGGCUACGAUUAAGCUGACUGACUCGGGAUUGAAGAACCUUUCUUUGGUUCUCAGCAUUUUCUUUUCGUACCUGGCUUUGCUGCGCGAUUCUGAUAAGCUUCAUCUCUAUUUCGAGGAAACAGCGCAAAUCAAACGAACAGAGUUUCGCUUCCAAUCGAAGCGGAGCAGUACGGACUAUGUGGAUGAGAUUGCGCGUCGAAUGCAAGUGGUUCCAAUGCGAUUUAUCCUGAAUUCUUAUCCCUAUUUGGACUAUGAUUUCGUUCACAUUUCGAGUCUUGUAGAUCGCUUGGCUCCUUCCAAUUGCAUCGGAGUGCUGAGCUACAGAUGCUCGAAGGGAGACGAUUCGUCGUGGAUGCGGGAGCCUGUCUAUGGAAUUGACUACACGAAGCGCGACCAGCCUUUGAGCAGUUUCAUUCAGCCAGCGGAUUAUCCGCUCCAUCUUCCCGCUCCCAAUCCCUUUUUGUGUACCGAUUUCCGCAUGAUCGACGGAUGCGACGCUGCGCAGAGUCCCGAGCUCAUUCUGAACGAUGAUCGCUGGAAGAUUUGGCACCAGCCCUGCACGGAGUUCGGACUUCCCAAGUGCAGCUCGAUGCUCAUGUUGAACACGGGAAUCAUCAUGGAGAGCACAGAAAGCUUGCUGUUCUGCUCCAUUCUGGUCCGCUUGCUGAAGCGAAAGAUUAUCACGCAAUUCUACCCGGCCACACUGAUGGGAUAUUCGUUGGACUACAGCUUCCAGUAUGAUCGGGGUUUGAUCAUCAAGGUGAAUGGGUAG